AUGACUUCGGUCGCAUCGCAGACGAUACCUGUGGCAUUGUCGUCCCUGUAUACACCCACAGUUGACACCCCUCCUGGAGAUGACCCCCGCUCGGAUCUAUCAAACAUUCCAAUUGACGCUAUUGUCAGCGUUGAGGGGACCUCGGUCUUGGACUACAGCGAUGAAUACCGCCAAUCUGUCGGAAGGGACGACUAUGCGCAAGGUCCUCGUACUAGCAUCCAGCUCACAUUCGGAAGGUUUACGCCGGGGCGCAUCUUGAUCCAAGCAUACCUGAAGGAAAAUGAGUGCAGUCUCGUGAAGCUCGAGAACGGGGUUGUUCGUCGGAGUGAGGAGAUCCUGGCCACCAUAGCCAUCCCGCUUUCUGCACUUGAGACCCGCCCCGUCAUCGAAUGGUACAACGACGUUGGGCCGAUCAACGAGGCCAGCCCUGCAGCAUAUCACCGCAUCGUAGGUCGUGUCAAUUCAGGUGCUUUCACCGUCAAAAUUUAUGACAGAAGUUCUCGCAAUGCCGACACUGUCGUCCAGCAGAAUCCCCUCGCGUCCGAGCGCUCUGAGCUGUACGAGAUCGAUUUCUUCAUCUCUAAUGAGCAAUUCUUACUCAAGUAG